GACCCCUACACCUCCUCCCCUCUUCUCCCCCUCCCAGACUGGACUGGAUGGGGAACACCCCACCACCAGCAGCAGCAACCCCAGUCUUCCAGGAGCGACCGCUGGCUGGCCCCUGCACCACAGAAGGGAAGGAGCAGGUGGAAAACUCAGCAUCCAGGAUGUUCAACAUCACCCGAGACUUAAAAGAAACUCUUCGCCAGCACUUCAUCUUCCAGAAGCUGGAGAUCUCCUAUGCCAUAUGCAAGCCAUUUCCCUUCUUGGAAGGCCUCCGAGACAAAUCCUUCAUCUCUGAGAAAAUGUACAUGGAGUCUAUGGAAGCCUGUAGAAAUAUGGUCCCUGUAUCCAAAGUGGUAUACAACAUUCUCACCAAAAUGGAGGAGCCAUUUAAUCUGUCAUUUCUGGAAAUGUUGUUCAGUCAGAUCAAUCUACGUGAAUACCCCAACCUGGUGGCAAUUCAGAGGAGCUUCAGAAAUGUUGUCGCUUCCUGUGGAGGAUGGAGAGGAGCCACAGUGACCGUCUUUGAAGUCCCAACCAACUCAAGAGGUAGAAGCCCCCGUCAGAACUUGCUGCCACUGCCUGCACCCCAGCGCCCCCCACUGAGAUGCCCGACCCCUGUGCCCAGAGUCAAUCAGCCCAGUGCAAUCCCACAGCACAGCAAUAAGGUCCUGGACAAGCCACCCAGCUCUGCUGGCCCUGCCAAGGCUCUCCCAAGAGUCAUCCAGGAAGGAAGGACUACUCCAGCCAACUUGACAUCCCACAUAAAUGAUGAAGAAGACUCACAACAGGUGCCCAGCACUCCCCCUGCUACUGUGCAAGUGUCCAGUGACCACCCGACCCCUCAAGCAAAAGAUAAAGAAGAUGCUCAAGAGAUGCCCCAGGCACCCUCAGCCCCCGAGCCAGUGAUAAGAAAUGAUCCACCUGAAUCAAAUGAGCCAGCAGAGCCCCAGGAGGCAGCCAGCACACCUCUCGUCAAGAAAGGAAAGAAAAGAAAAAGAAGUAUGUGGUCAGUUCCUAAAAAGAGACAACAGAAAAAAAGACUUUCAAAAGGAACAGCCUCACCUGGUCAAAGAAUCCAAGAGAAGCUCCAAAUGGUGGAUCAGGUGACUCAAAGGAAGGAUGACUCAACCAGGAACUCAAAGGUGGUGAAAAGGACCCAAAAGACAAGGACUAAAUGUGCCCAGACGUCUGGACCUGAGGGAACCACCUCACCUGUGCCUCAAAUGGUGGAUCAGGCGACUCAAAAGAAGAAUAACUCAACCGGAAACUCACGGGUGAUGACAAGGGCCCAAAAGGCAAGGACUGAAAGUGCCCAAACAUCUGGACCUGAGGAAAAGAAAAGAAAAAAGGAUGUCUGUUCAAGUUCAACAAUAAGUUGUCAGAAAAAUAUUCCCCCAAAGGGAAAACCCAAAGAUGAUAUUGUGGAUUUUCAGUCUCCUACACUUCCUGUGACCUGUGGUGGAGAGACGAGGAUUUUACAUAAGGAGAAAAUGGAAAAAGGAUCCUCAGAGAAGUGCAUUCAGAAUGAGGAGGGAGCUUGGUUCACACCAAGAGAAUUUGAAAUUAAAGGAAGAGGAACAAAAUCAAAGGACUGGAAGCGGAAUGUGCGUUGCAAAGGACAGACCCUACAACAGCUGAUGGAGAAAAGACUUUCGUUCUGUCCUUCAAGAAUAAGUCUCAAGAGAGAGUGGGAAAACUCGAAUGAAUGUGAGGUGUGCUGCAGAGAGGGACAGCUGCUCUGCUGUGACGCCUGUCCACGAGCCUUUCAUGAGGACUGUCACAUCCCACCCAUGGAAGCUAAAAGGAGCCCAUGGAGUUGCACCUUCUGCAGGAUGAAGGAGUCUUCAGGAAGUCAGCAGUGUCUCAGGGAAUCUGAGGUCCUGACAAGGCAGAUGGGGCCUGAGGAGCAGCUGAAAUGUGAGUUCCUCCUCUUGAAGACCUACUGUCACCCACAAAGUGCCUUUUUUGCAAAGAUCCCAAGUAAUAUCCGAGAUUAUGCCGAGCCCUUUAAGGAAGCCAUGUGGUUGGACUUGGUGAAGGAAAGGCUGACUGAGAAAGUGUAUACAGUGGAAUGGUUUGUACGGGACAUACGCCUGAUCUUUCACAACCAUAAAACUUUUUACAAGGCUUCUGCUUUGGGUCAGAUAGGACUGGAUUUAGAGGCAAAAUUUGAAAAGGAUCUCAAAGAAGUGCUUAUUUUUUCAUGAAGCCAGUGAGAACAGUCUCCAGGCUCCUCCUUGACCCCAUUCUGGAAGGACUGAGGCACCUCCACUUCAGGAUUCAGAUGAUGUGACCUUGGUCAUCCUUAAAUUGCCAGUGAGUCUGGGAGGUGAUUAGUUGUCCCCUUGACUCAAAUCCAGGCCCUUCAUAGCAUCAUCACACCUUCUACUUCCUUUUAGUAUUUUUUUUUUUUUGCAACUAAAAAAUUAUACCUCACACUUAAAAAAUUGAAUACUUUUUUAAUACCAUUAAAUAGCCAUCAUAGUUCACAUUCUCCCCAUUUCUUAUAAAUCUUUUUACAAUUGAUUUGUUUCAAUCAAGAUUCAAACAAGUUCCACACACUGCACUUGGCUACUCUGUCUCUUAAGUCCCUUUCUAUUCUGUAAGUUUGCCAACUUUAUUCCUUGCCAUCUAUUCAUUGAAGAGCCUGGGGCUCUUAACCUAUAAAUUUUUUCAUAUUCUGGGCUUUUGUACACUCAUACCACUAUGAAAAAUUUAUUAAGUUGAAUUCUAAGUUUGUAUGGAAUCUAUUUUUGUUUGUUACAUAUUUAAUAUACCAUUGCAGAUAGUAUUUUUUUAGGAUUUCACAUUUGUAUUUAUAAAUGAGAUUGGCCUAUAAAUUUUUGUAUUUUGCCAUAGUUAGGCAUAGGGUUAUCCUUACUUGGUAAAAUAACUCAUAAGACUUUCUACCAUUUUAUAUGUUCUGGAAUAACAUAUAGUGUUUUAAAGUCAUAAAAUUAUAUAGUCUAGAGUCCUUUAGAGGAACUAUGACUAUUUUCUCUGUUUUUUUUCAUGGUGAUUAGACUAUUCAGAUAUUCUAUUGCUUUUUUAAAUCAAUUCAACUUUUAUAUUUUUCUAAGAAGUAAUCCAUUGCAUUUGGUGUUUUUUUUAUAGUCGGCCUUAUUUAAGUCUCAACUUAUUCUUUCCAUUUUGAAUACUUUCUCUCUCUUUUUUUGGCCUAUAUUUCUUUAUUUUUAUCUUCUAUUCUGGAAGCAUUGUUACAGUUUUAAGUUCUUCUAAUACUUACCUGAAAGUUUUCCAAGUGCAUUGUAAUGUUUGUUUUAAAUGCCAGAGCCAAAAAUAAAAUACCUUUAAUGUGCCACAUGUUUAAA